AUUUUACAGCAGUUUGUAAUUUUAAAGAUAUAUAAAGUUCUAUAAAUCAAAAGAUAUUAGUUGUUAUAAAUCAUGAAUAAAAUAAGUCUAGAUUUAUUUAAAAGUUUAGUAUGCAUUGAAUAUCCAGGAAUCGUCCAAAAUGUAGAUAAUAUGUUAGAAACACUUGGGGGUGUACGAAAUUUAUCUAUGGCUUAUUGCACCAAAAAUCGAAGACUAGAACUAAGAUUUCGGCCAAAAGAUAUUUAUUGUAAACCAACAUGCGGGGAUAAAUACAAAACAAACGCUUUAAUAAUAAAAGUUAAGAUAAAACGUCCAAAGUCAAAAGAAUCUACACAAGUUCCUGAAGUUGUAUCCUGUAAAAUUAUUGGUCGAGUUCAUACCAUUUACAAAUUUACUGCUCUCUGUGAUUUUCAAUAUCUGACUCUAGAUAAAGAUGUGAAUGGAUCGUUGAAAUGUUAUUAUGAUGAGAUUGUCCCUCUUGGUUUACCUUCAGCUGCAUGGAUGGGGGCAGAUGCACCAUUGUUUUUGACACCUGCAACAUUUUCAAGAAUCGAUAAUCAGCAAAAUUUAUCAUUAGCUCUUGAUUCAUAUACCAAAGAUAGUGCAGAUGCAACUCAUAAUGUGAUUGGUAGAACCCGGCGCAGGAGAUCAGGCUAUGCAAUAUUUUUAUCAUUCAAAAAUGCACCAGAAGUUGCACCAAAAGCUCCAAACAGAAAAUGCCUUAAUUUGUUGCAAGUUAAAUUCCUUGAUGGCACACAAUUGAACACUCUGAAAAAAUUAUUUGAGGAGCGUCCAAUUUGGUCAAAGAAUGCUUUAUUGUAUAAUUCUGGAUAUAGUAUUGAUAAAUUAAAAUACUUACUACCAGCAGUUGCAUACUACUAUGUAACUGGUCCUUGGAGAUCAAUGUGGAUUCGAUUUGGAUAUGAUCCAAGGCUAGAUUAUCAAUCUAGGAAGUACCAGACAUUAGAUUACAGAUUAAGAACUACAGGCGGAUACAAAACAGCAAUUAAAGCUAAGAGAAGCAGCACCAAUUAUGUAUUACCUUAUAAAACUGGAUCUACUUGCAAACCCAAAACGGUUGUAUUAGGCAAAACACACAGAUCUAAAAAAAUUAAAACUUCUAAUAGACCUACUAAAUUAAAUGAAAAUAUUUAUAUUUUUCGACAAGGCAUGGUACCACCAUCUAGGCAGAUGUUUUAUCAGUACUGUGAUGUCUCAGUACCUGAAAUUGUAACCAUGUUAGCCCGCCUGCCAGUUCCUAUACCAGGUGUAACAAAAUGUGAUCAAAGACGCGGUUGGUUACCAGCUGGGUUUGAUGAUAGGUGCCGUGAAAUAAUACAUGCAUUAGUGAUUGAAGAAAUUCAGAAAAGGAAAGAAUCUUCAUCAACUGACAAAAAUUUAGAGAUGUCUGAACUCAAUUAUGGGGAAUGCGAGGAAGAGGUUGAUCUCAAUGAAGAGUCACAUUCAUAAUUAUGAAUUUAUAAAAACGUAUAAAAUGCCACAAAAACAAAUAAACAACAUUUUUAAUUUCAAUUU